GAGUGCAUGUUUUCUCUUUCACAAAGUUGACACAGAAGAGGUUGGAAGUGAGGAUAUCGGUAAGGCUUCACUGGCAGCCUAAUGCCGCUCUCUCUCCUUGGCCGCCGCCCAUGACAGUGAAAAUGCCUCGUAAGUUGUCAACUACAAAAACAAGGUACAAUGUUCGAUCGCGUGACCAAAGGUUAGCGUCUCAACCCCACAUUAUUUCAUGCAUUUUUUUUUAUUAACAAACUUUCAUAUACACAGCAAUGAUGAUAGUCAAGCUUUUAUCAUCACAAUCGACUUGAGAAUGGUCCUGAACGGACCGAAACGUCGUCGUCCCUUCACUUUCUAGUGUGUGGUCUGGUCAACAUAUUUCAGCCACGUUAUUGUGACUCAUCAUCUGCAAUGACGUGCUGAUACCAAGUGCAAUAUGAAGGAUUACAGAGCAAAGACCAGAAACUAGCUAUAAGUUCAUCAAAUUUCCAAAUCUCACAUGAUAGUUAGUCAAACAUGAGAUCAAGAGAGAGCAAGAAAUGGGAGUCUAAUCUACUAGCCUACACUAGCGAACCCUGGGUAGAGCACAAGAAUAUCUUGCAACAUUCCUGAGUGUACAGAGUUAACAUUAAUGACAGAGCUCAAAGUACCUCGUACCAUUUGAUCUGAAAUAACAGAGCAAUCACAGAUUGCGUUGGAGAUAUACUUGCGUUGCGUAUACUCUCCAUACAUUGGAGAGUAUGGCCUAGUUCUUGUUCACAUAGUUUACAGUUGGAAUGUAAACCAUUGGAAGCAACACCACGCGGUCUCGAGCAACACCACACGGUCAAGCUAGGUAAACUAGCUGGGUCUUGAUGAACUAGGCUAGCUGGGCCUUGAUGUCUUAGGCUACUUUGGUCUCCAUAAGCUAAACUAGCUCACUGGGAUGAAGUUUCCUCUGCUCCUCAUAUCACUGCAAUUUUAUUUAAUACAAUCGGCUUUUAAAAAGAGGUGCUGCUAUCAAAAGCACUUAAGUGUUGUUAUUCUUAAUGACUUUCGUUUCAUGAUUUAGCAAAUGUUUAGAAUUCUGGGGUAAGGAAGGCCCACUAUUACGUAACUGAAGAUCAAGGUGACAAGUUCAUGACUGGGGUUCUGGCGACAUGUGACGAGGCUUCGUGUCCUCAUUAAUACAUGAUGGGGCUUUGUAUUCUCAUAAACACAUGACAGGGUUUGUGCCCACAUAAACACAUGGCAAGAUUGUGCCUUAAUAAACACAUGACGGGAGUUUUGUAACCUUAUAAACAGAGGACGAAGCUUUAUGCUCUGAUAAACACAUCAUGGCUCCGUGCCCUCAUCAACACAUGAUGAGGCUCUGUGUCAUCUCAUAAACACGUGAGAUUUUGUUCUCUCAUCAACAACCUUCAAUCCAGAAAAUUAAUUAUUCUGCGAUGUGCGACACACACAGAUCGGUCCCAAGACCCACAAGGCCGGCUACCGACCACAGCGAAGCUUUUUGUCAUUCCGUAAAAAAGCCCGGUGGAUGGGUCUGAAAGCCCGCGAACGCUGUCGGGUGAAAGCCAGGACGUGUUCCUGGGUGGCGCUGUUACCGCCUUCUCGGAGCCGCUUUUCUCUACCGGUUCCUGGAGAAGGAAAAAAUGUCCGCAGCAAGAAAUGGAAGACAAACACUUGCUCUCUUUGAUCAUAUCUCUUGACGCGUCGAGUGACACAAAUUCAUGUUAUUUUUUGCUGUAUUUCGUGCUACUUAAAAAGCAGUAGCUAAAUUUAAAUGUCUGAAAUUGUAUUAUUUGUCUAUAAAAUUUAGCAAAUUUGCUGAAUUUUACACACAAUCACUCUCUCUUUUUAACUAAGGCUACGGUUCAUUUGGACUAUAAAUUGAGGUACCUAGUGAAACUGCAAGCAAGAGCUGUUAUCCUAUCUCAGCUCAGUUGAAGAGGGGCCCCCUAAGAGUCUCAUUUAUUUCACGAGAUUAUAAUUUGAAUCAUUAGGAAUAAACGAUUAUAUAAGGACCAGGGUAAAUAAAAAGCCAACUAUGUGCCAGAGCCUUCAUGUGAUCGGUUGUCUUAAUCUCCCGUGUGUUAACCUUUUCAGUGAAGACGUUCCGGAUACGAGUCAGCCUAAAGUGGAUCUCUCACAGAUAUGUUCAUCAGAAAGGCAGUUCCAACAUGACACUGUUGACGGCUGAGAGACUUGUGUUAUGGGUGCCAACUACUGGUUGUCCAUAAAGUUGGGUCAGGUGUGGAACUUUGAGAAUGUUGGCCUUGUACUUAACAUUAAAAAUUAAGUCCACCAACAUUUCCACGGUGAUGGAGGCUAUGGUUACCUUGGCGACAGUGGUGGUGGCGACAGUGGUGGUGGUGGCGACAGAGGUGGUGGUGGUGGCUACAGUGGUGGUGGUGGUGGAUAUGGUGUGGGAGAGAGAGUGGGGCCAGAAGAGGCGCGUGGUGAAGCCACGACGACACACUCUCCCUGGCCGCAGUGUGGGGCGGUGUGUACAAGGUUCACUCCGGCGCCCAGUGUAUUGCUCUGUACCGGUGAAGUAGGAGGGCAGCACUCACACGCUCGUGACGCCUCAUACUCGUAUCCUAGCGCCUCAUACUCCUAUCUAAGCGCCUCAUACUUGUAUCUUGGCGCCUCAGACCUGUAUUUUGUGCUUAGUUAUUUCACUUACGAACGUUUCAUUUACGUGCCUGCGAUGCGCCAUCUGCCGCCGGUAACGAAUGUUUAAAUAUUACCCGAAGUUGUUAACAAUUAUGAAAGUUGAAUGACCUGUAGGUCAGUAGUGGAGACAAGAAACAUGUGCGUGUUGGUAGUGUUGUGGGUGGCGGUGUUGGCAGGGGGCGUGAGGAGCACCCUGGUGCCCUAUAUACUAGGGGACACCACCAUUAUGGUGGACGGUUCCGCCCUCGGCUACAAUUCCCCGCUCUUGGCUCACCUCCGGAACGGGAUGCCUCUCCGCCGAGGCAGUGGGAGUUCGUCGAGCACCUACACCGAUGGUGCCAUCGUCGACAACAAUCAGAAUCAAGAAGUAGGUGGCGGUGAAGAGCAGGGUCAGGUCAUGACCUGGGACCCUGAACCUUACCAAGCACCCCAGGAACACCUCACCUCCAACAGUGACUUCCUGGCGACACCUGACGGCAUGCUGGAUAUCAACAUAGUGCCGCAACACCAGGAGGCGCCGUCCAGUGACCCUAAGAUAUAUAGCGGCCGACCGCCUCCUAUUCCCAAUGCAGAGCCUGCAGGGCUUCAUUUCAAUGAAGAUUUGGCGUUCGCCAAUUCCCCGCCAUUUUACUACUCCGUCGAGAACCCCGAUAUCAGUCAAGUGUCGCAGAAAAUUCACCAUAUUGUCACGCUGCUGAGUCACAAAACGGCAGGUGUAAAGCCCAAUGACCGAGCGCCUAUCCCUCUCGCAGAGACGCUUGACUACCCCGUCCAGUCGUCUGACAGUUCCGUCAACCGUCCAACUGCAAUAACCAACAAUGAGGGUUUUGCUGGAGUGUCCGUCAUACACAUGGUGCCCAAGGACUCGGACCAUCAUGAUGCCAAUUUUGCUAAUCCUGGAGACUACAACCCGUUGUUAAGCAGUGAUCCAGGUUCCUUAGUCCCUGGAGCUGAGGUAGUGCCUCUCCGACCAUAUGACCCACAUGAACAUUUUGACAGUUCACAAGCUGCGAGUGACUUCAGCGAGCACUGGAGCCCUAACGGCAACCAUGUGCCAUCAUUUUCUCAAAUAUAUGGAACUGGUAGCAACACACUGGCCACUCCCGACCAAGGCGUUUUAAACGUUUUACCGCCGCCGGCACAGGAAAUCGCUAGUCAUGACACAGACAUCUCUGGCCAGCCUGAAGGUCAACUCGGUCUCGAGGUUGCAAGCGACGCUCGCCUCUCUGAUGCCGUCCUCGGUGAAUCACAAGGACUCCUCCAUAAAACGGGAGGACCACAAAUUAUUACACAGGUGGAGGUCACUCCUAACUCAGAUAUUAUACAAACCACAGUUACUACUUCUACUGGUCCUAGGGAAACAGUUACUGACACGAUUUAUCAACGGCAGACAGUUACUGAUUCGACUGUCACAUGGGAUACAGUGACUGAUCUGCAGGAAAUAAAUACUGGCUCGAAUGACGAAUAUGUAACUGGCUUGAUCGACCAACGCUACGCAGCUACUGAAUUAACUACCCAACAGGAAACCAUCACUGACUCAUCCGUCCUGCAGGUAACACUUGCCAGUGACCAAGAGGAAAUUGUCACUGACGUAAGUGUUCGACAACAAAUUACUGCUGGAUCCAACAACACACUGAAUCAUGAUGAAAUGACUGGACAAAAUGAAGGCACUACUGAGGGCUCCGAAGGGGAGGAUAGCAUCACGGAAGCUACACAACCACCUACUGAGCACCCACUCAACAUGGUCCUGGAGAAGGUGCUGUCGCACACACUCGAGAAGCUGAAACAUGAAGAGGCACAGGACAACUUGCACGGUGCCACAGAGCAAAAUGAUCAACUGGCACUCAACCAGGCGAUGGCAGACCUGCUUGGCAACUUGUUUACCCCAAACACUGACUCUUCCGAUAAUACCCAGGACGAAGUAGACCCACAGGCAAGUGACACAACGGACGUUGAUAAUUAUAGUUUGGAAGAGAUCGGGCAGCAUCGUGAUGAUUUGCAACAAACUUUCGAAACUAGCACUUUGCCUUACGAAGAGCACACGUACCAAACUAACCAUGCUCUUGCACAAAACGAUGGUGAUUAUUUGCAAACCAAUUUCGGUGACGAACAGUCAACGUCAUCAGUUACCUCCUUUAAUGGUGACCAAGAGGAGGAAGAGAAGGACGAAGGUGACGCGUGGCCGGCCAGCGAGGAUCGACCCCACGCACUAGCGUCUGAUCAACACAACAUCCCAAAUCACUACCCUUACCCCAUACUAACCGACUUUCCCUUAACGCGAGGAGAGCCCGAGACUGUCGAAGUCCCUCUCCAAGUGUCAGAGGGCGGCCCCUCGCACUACUCUCCCGGCCUCCUCAUCACCGGACCCACCACCCAGGAGCAGAUCAGCGACACCCAUGGACUUCACGAGGACGAUUUCCUCUCCAGACACGAACCUCCUCGUCCAGAUGACGACGGACUCAACACUUGGUUCGAUCGCGACCCCAUCAGUAUUUUCGACCCACUGCAUUCUGGCAGCUCAGGAGCAAACACCGGGAUGCCCCAGGGCAUCUUAGUCUCUGGCACAAACACAGAAAUGCUCCCGGGUACCAUGGCCUCAGGGACAAACACAGGAACGUCCCAAGCCACUCUAGUCCCCGGAACAAACAUAAAAACGUCCCAGGACACAUUAGUAUCUGGAACAGUCAUAGGGAUGUCCCAAGGAAGCACAACCUCAGGGAUAGGGGUACCAGAGCUGAGACCUGCACCAGGACAUCCUUUCCCUCCCCUGUCAGGCGUGAACCCUGAGGGAAUCACAGCUGGUGGAGGUUCUACUGCUAUUUCCAGCAAUCUUCCUCCCCUGCCAGGCGUCGACCCAGAGAAAACAUCCGAUUUCGUGGGUUCCACUAUUAUUCCCAGUAAUCUCCUUCUUCUGCUAGACUCGAGACCAGGGGAAACCACAAAUGAAGGGCCUUCUACUGCCAUUCCCAGCAAUCUUCCUCCCCUGCCAGGCGUCGCCCCAGAAGGAACCUCAGCUGGUGGAGGUUCUACUGCUAUUCCCAGCAACCUUCCUCCUCUGCCAGGCGUCGACCCAGAAGGAACCUCAGCUGGUGGAGGUUCUACUGCCAUUCCCAGCAACCUUCCUCCUCUGCCAGGCGUCGCCCCAGAAGGAACCUCAGCUGGUGGAGGUUCUACUGCCAUUCCCAGCAACCUUCCUCCCCUGCCAGGCGUCGACCCAGAAGGAACCUCAGCUGGUGGAGGUUCUACUGCCAUUCCCAGCAACCUUCCUCCUCUGCCAGGCGUCGCCCCAGAAGAAAAUAUAAAUGCCGGAGGUUCUACUGGUUCGGAGAGUCCCCCAGAAAUAAGCGACACCGUUGGUGAUGCAGAGAAUGGCAGUGGUGACAACAGCAGCCACAGCAGCAAUCGGAAUGAGACCAAGUCUUCAGUGUUCGACGGGGCGGUGUUUCACAGCGUUCAUCCGGAGCUCAUCCAGAAGUCGUCGUGCAGGUGUGGCCUACGUCUGACCUCCAAGAUCGUAGGAGGGCAGCCGACGGACAUUAAUCAGUUCCCGUGGAUGGGAGCCAUCGUGACCGCGAGUACAGGCUUCACCUUCUGUGGCGGGUCAGUCAUCAAUGACCGCUACAUGCUGACCGCCGGCCACUGUGUCAAUGGGCGCCAACCAUCAGACCUGAUGGUCAGGCUGGGGGAGACGACCAGGAGUGGAGGUCAAGGCAUCCUCAUCCCUGUCCAGGAGGUCAUCCUUCAUCCCAAGUACACCUCAAGCGCCGUCACCCACUUUGACAUAGCGCUGGUCAAGCUUAGUCAUCCUAUAGAGUUCAGCGAACGUGUCCUCCCUGUCUGCCUCUCAUCCGGAAAGAACAAGUAUUCCAAUGAACAAGCCAUCGUAUCCGGAUGGGGAAGAAACCAGUUCGGCGGGAGUGUGUCUGAGGGUCUGCAGGAGGUGAGUGUCCGGGUCCUCUCCACGAAGGACUGUCGACGUAACUCUGAAUAUAUGGACACCGAAGUCCACAACCGGGUCCUCUGUGCUGCUGCCGAAGGCAAGGACGCCUGUCAGGGAGACAGUGGCGGGCCUCUAGUACACCUGAAUGGUGACCAGUACACCCAGAUUGGCAUAGUGUCUUGGGGCAUAGGCUGCGCUGAUAACAAGUACCCAGGCAUCUACACCAGGAUAUCAGCCUUCAACAAGUGGAUCCUCUCCAACGCCAUAGGAGGCCGAGCCUGCCAAGGCUCACUCUUCAGGACAGAAGAUCUCCAUGCUGUAAAAGAUGACACUGAGAAAGAAGGUAAUAAAGUCAAUAUUAAGGACCAAAACGACAAUGAGAGAACUGGUGUCGACAGCUUUAUUGACUCCAUACUCAAGCCUAACAAGCAGAAACCGGUAUCACAGUUCAGCUUGACCAUUGGCGUGUCUCAAGAUGGCCAGCACGAUAUAAAUAAAAAGAAUAAGAAAAGGAAAAGACCAAAUCAAAGUAAAAAUAACACAAGGAACAAGCCUAAGCCGGACGAGGCGUCUCCCGGAGACUCGGAGAAAAACAACAAUAAACGAAAUAAAAACAAUAAUAGAAGAAAAAAUAACAAGAAUAAAGGAGAUGAAGCACACACAAACAAUCAAGAUAACAUGAAGCACAGUGAGGAGAUAACGGAAACAGAGAUAUCAAACAACACAAAGAAUAAAACAAGAAAUAAGGGUAAUGGCAAUCGAAGAAAAAAUGAUAAAUAUAUCGGAAAUACGAGAAACAGAAACAGGAAUAAGAACAGAAAUAAAGCCAACAAUAAAACUGAAACAGACGGGACAAAACCAGCCAAUGAGAACACACAAACAAACAACAAAGGCAGCGUCAACAGCAACAAGAACAAUAACCGGAGGACAAAUAACAAGAACAAGGACAACACAAAGACAGCCAACAAGGACAAGGUAGAAGAGGAGGACGCCGUGGACUGGACCAACAUAACCCAGGCUCUGAGAGCCAUAGCCACCAUUAUAAGGAAGGAAGCCACGGCCGCCUCCGCCACAAACACCAAAGCUGAUUAACUCAAUUGAAACAUGUAUUCUGCCAUUCAGUAGUUAAAUGACUUGCACAUGUAUACAACAUGCAUGACCCGUCCCUUGCCGGGGGAACGGGGUCAUGGCGACAGGGGAACGGGUCGUGGCGACAGGGGGGGACGGG